GAAUGAAAUAAAUAAGAAAUUGGAAAAUCCGGACCCUCGCCUCCGUCCUCCUCCGGGCAGCCCCAGAGUUCUCCGCCGCGGUCUCCUCAAUAAAUUACUCUUCCCUCCUCCUCUCUACCGUCAAUUCGCCGCCCAAUACCCUUCCAGCACCUCACUCGCACAUCUUCUUAUAUGUAUGUGUAUUUUAACAAUGUGUGAAUGUAAGUGGAGGUAGAAGUAGUCAAGAAUUAGGGGUUAACAGUCGUGCGGACGCGAGGAGAUGGCUCGGCAAAUGACCAGUUCUGCUUUCCACAAAUCCAAAACCCUUGACAACAAAUAUAUGCUUGGAGAUGAAAUUGGGAAAGGGGCUUAUGGGAGAGUGUACAAGGGUUUGGAUUUGGAGAAUGGGGAUUUUGUUGCGAUCAAGCAAGUCUCUUUGGAGAAUAUUGCUCAGGAGGAUCUGAACAUUAUUAUGCAAGAGAUCGAUUUGCUAAAGAAUCUGAAUCAUAAAAAUAUUGUGAAAUAUCUUGGAUCAUUGAAGACAAAAAGUCAUCUUCACAUUAUACUUGAGUAUGUGGAGAACGGUUCACUUGCAAACAUCAUCAAGCCAAAUAAAUUUGGGCCUUUUCCAGAGUCUUUGGUGGCUGUCUAUAUAGCCCAGGUAUUGGAGGGUCUGGUGUAUCUACAUGAACAAGGUGUAAUUCAUCGGGAUAUCAAGGGGGCAAAUAUUUUGACCACUAAAGAGGGUCUUGUCAAACUUGCAGAUUUCGGGGUUGCAACAAAACUUAAUGAAGCAGAUGUUAAUACGCAUUCGGUUGUUGGAACGCCUUACUGGAUGGCCCCUGAGGUCAUUGAAAUGUCAGGAGUUUGUGCAGCAUCUGAUAUCUGGAGUGUUGGCUGCACUGUGAUUGAACUUCUAACAUGUAUUCCACCUUACUAUGAUCUGCAGCCCAUGCCUGCCCUGUUUAGAAUUGUACAGGAUGAACAUCCUCCACUUCCAGAUAGUCUCUCCCCAGCUAUUACUGAUUUCCUACUUCAGUGCUUUAAAAAGGAUGCUAGGCAGAGGCCUGAUGCUAAGACGUUACUUUCACACCCUUGGAUUCAAAACUCAAGACGUGCUCUGCAAACUUCUUUGCGUCAUAGUGGAACUCUAAGAAACAUUGAUGGAGUUGAGUCCAAUGAUGCUGAAUUAAGCACUGGUGAACAAGGGCGUAAUGUCGAAGUCUCUUCUACUGAGGAAGAAUGUAAAACAGAGCUGCAACCAUCAGAGACUUCUGGGAUCAGCAAAUCUUCUGAGGUUGAUAGUUCUAAUGCUAAUCUUGCUGAGGAAAGGAGAGACAACCUUGAGGAAGAUGUGAUUUCAGAUCAAGUUCCCACAUUUGGAAUCCGAGAAAAGUCACCCAUGCAAGACAACUCGAAUGGAUUGGUAGAUAGUCAUGAGGCAUCAAUUUCUGAUUUCUCUGAGAACACGCCACCCAUUAAUCAGCAGGCCGAAGUGCUAAUAAAUGGUGAAGUAGAACCUGCUGCAAAUACAAAGAGAAAUGCUGUAGCUAGAAAAUUUGAAAAGCAAGGAAGUUCAGUUGCUAUUGAGCAUGACAAAUUUAAUUUUUGUCAAAACAGUGAAGAUGAUAGCUCACUGAAGGCUGUCAAGACACCAUUGGGUUCAGGAGGAAAUGAGCUUAGUAGAUUCAGUGAUCCUCCAGGUGACGCUUCUUUGGAUGAUUUAUUUCAUCCCUUGGAGAACCUGGAGGACAGAGUGGCUGAAGCCUCUACUUCUGCCUCCUCUUCACAUAUAAUUCAAGGCAAUGCAGUCUCUGAUAGUGGAAAGAAUGACCUCGCUACAAAAUUAAGAGCUACAAUCGCUCAAAAGCAAAUGGAAAAUGAAUCAGUGCAGGCAAAUGGUGGUGACCUACUUCGUCUAGUGAUGGGUGUUCUAAAGGAAGAUGUAAUUGAUAUUGAUACUCUGGGAUUUGAAGAUAAAUUGCCUGCCGAAAAUCUCUUUCACCUUCAGGCAGUAGAAUUUAGCAAAUUAGUGUCAUUGCUAAGGCCAGAAGAACCAGAAGAUGUGAUUGUAUCUUCGUGUCAGAAAUUGAUUACUUUCUUUCAUCAGCGACCGGAGCAGAAGGUUCUUUUCAUUACACAACAUGGUUUGCUUCCUCUAAUGGAGCUGCUUGAGGUUCCGAGAACUCGUGUCAUAUGUUCAGUGCUCCAAGUUCUGAACCAAAUAAUCAAAGAUAACACUGAUUUUCAGGAGAAUGCUUGUCUAGUUGGUCUUAUUCCAAUUGUGAUGAGCUUUGCUGUGCAUGACCGGCCCCGGGAAGUCCGCAUGGAAGCAGCAUAUUUCUUACAGCAACUCUGCCAAUCAAGCUCCUUAACAUUGCAAAUGUUUAUUGCUUGCCGUGGUAUACCCGUCCUGGUGGGAUUUCUAGAGGCUGACUAUGCAAAAUAUAGGGAAAUGGUCCAUAUGGCUAUUGAUGGUAUGUGGCAGGUUUUCAAGCUUCAGAAGUCCACCUCUAGAAAUGAUUUUUGUCGUAUAGCUGCCAAGAAUGGGAUAUUACUUAGACUUAUUAACACCCUUUAUAGUUUGAAUGAGUCAACUCGUCUAGCUUCUAUAGCUUCUGGCAGUGGGGUCACUCCAGAUGGUUUACCUCCACAACCAAGAUAUGAUACUCAGGAUUCUAGCAAUUCUCCAUUUGUACAGAUGGAUUACUCACUUUAUGGGAGUGACCAGCCUGAUAACCUUAUUGUUAAGCAAGGAGACCAGGUAUCACAAAGUGGACUACAAGAACCUUCUCGAGCAUCAGUAUCGCGAUCACCUGAUUCAAGAUUUAUUCCUUCAGAUGCCGAUAGGCCUCAAUCAAGUAUUGCUAAUGUGGAGGCUUCAGGUGCUUUAAGAGUGACAGAUCCUCCAUCUUUGGACCGAGGAUCCAGUCCUGCAGUAAGGGAUUAUCUUUCAGCUGUCUCUAGAGAUCGUGGAAGUGUUGACCGAUUGAAGAAUGAAACUUCUAGAGCUGAUGUUGACCUAAAGCAGCAAAGAGGUGCGAAUGCAGCAAAUAGAACGUCGACAGAUAGGGCUCCAAAAUCAGCAGAUAUGACAACAAAUGGAUCAUCAGCUCACACUGGUAGCCAGCAAGAGAAUGUUCGACCCCUUCUCAGUUUAUUGGAUAAAGAACCUCCAUCACGCCAUUUCUCUGGUCAGCUUGAGUAUGUACGGCAUCUUACGGGGAUGGAAAAACAUGAAAGUGUUUUGCCUCUUUUACAUGCAUCUAGUGAGAAGAAGACAAAUGGACUUGAUUUUUUGAUGGCUGAAUUCGCAGAGGUUUCUGGGCGAGGAAGGGAAAAUGCCAAUGUGGAUUCGUUGCCUAGAAAUUCACCUAAGGCAACUAAUAAGAAGUUAGGUCCUCUGACAACAAAUGGAGGAAUUGCAGCCACUUCUGGACUUGCAUCACAGAGAGCAUCUGGUGUGCUGUCUGGUUCAGGAGUUUUAAAUGCUAGACCAGGGAGUGCAACAUCAUCUGGGCUACUUUCCCAUAUGGUAUCCCCAUGGAAUGUUGAUGUUGCUCGGGAGUAUCUGGAAAAGGUAGCAGACCUUCUACUUGUGUUUGCUGCCGCAGACACGGCAGUCAAAUCUUACAUGUGUAGCCAAAGUUUACUUAGUCGGCUUUUUCAGAUGUUCAAUAAGAUAGAGCCCCCAAUUCUUCUAAAGCUGUUGAAAUGUAUAAAUCAUCUGUCAACGGACCCACAUUGCUUAGAAAAUCUACAGAGAGCAGAUGCAAUCAAAUAUUUGAUCCCAAACCUUGAUCUCAAAGAAGGUGCCUUUGUGUCACAAAUCCAUCACGAGGUCCUCAAUGCACUAUUCAACCUAUGCAAGAUUAACAAGAGGAGACAGGAACAAGCUGCAGAAAACGGGAUCAUUCCUCACUUGAUGCAUUUUAUUAUGUCAGAUUCUCCUUUGAAACAGUGUGCAUUACCUCUGUUAUGCGAUAUGGCCCAUGCAUCACGAAAUUCAAGGGAGCAAUUGCGAGCUCAUGGAGGGCUUGAUGUGUACUUGAGCCUUCUUGAAGACGACCUCUGGUCUGUGACUGCCUUAGAUUCACUUGCUGUAUGCUUGGCACAUGACAAUGAAAACAGGAAAGUGGAACAAGCUUUGCUCAAAAAGGAUGCUGUCCAAAAACUGGUUAAGUUCUUCCAGUGCUGUUCGGAACGACACUUCUUGCACAUACUGGAACCAUUCUUGAAAAUUAUCACGAAAUCAUCUCGAAUAAAUACUACUCUGGCAGUUAAUGGUUUGACACCAUUGCUAAUCUCGAGACUUGAUCAUCCAGAUGCAAUAGCGCGUCUGAAUUUACUUAAAUUAAUAAAGGCUGUGUACGAGCAUCACCCCCGGCCAAAGCAACUGAUUGUGGAGAAUGAUCUGCCUCGGAAGCUUCAGAAUUUGAUUGAGGAGAGAAGAGAUGGACAGAGUUCCGGAGGGCAAGUCCUGGUUAAACAAAUGGCAACUUCACUUCUGAAGGCACUCCAUAUCAACACUGUUUUGUAAAAUCUGUAGUGUGGUUUUUAGACUCAAGCACAUGUACCUGUUAGUUGAGGUUGUAAAGUUUGACUCAAUUCUCCAAUGCUUCUUUCUCCCCGUCAAUUUGUAUCAUUAGUAGUUUUUCCCUUUGUUCUUGGCUGCAGCAGAAGUGUAUGUUCUUGUAUAUGGCUUACUGCAGUGCUGCCAGCUUCCUGUCGCCCUAUCCUCUGUUUAUUAAAGCAACAUUUUAUGUCAAUUAAUGCAGCGUUUGCACAGGUGAGAAGUA